CGACGGCGUUUUCAAGUUUCACGUUUUCUUUUCGACAGACGUGGACAGGGACGUUACAAUUUACAUUUUUGAAAGAUGUGAAGCAUCAGACAUCAGUAUAUCUAUAUAUCUAUCCAUAUAUGUAUACAUAUAUACAUCACAUUCACCGGCACGGCUGGCGGGGGGCGCAGAGCGGGCAGACAGCUUUUUGGGAUAAACUAUAGGAUCGCUGCGAUAGAUGCUUAAAUCAGCUGUUGGGAAAAGAAAAAGUUAAAUUGCAAAAACGUAUUGUAUUAUUUUGUAUAGAACUUAUAUUAUAGUCUUUUGUUCUACAAUAGGCCAUAGCUUUAAUGUUAUGUGAGUUGAGAUAGAUUCUUUCAUGAUAAAGCAAUAUAAAUUUUGCAAGUAAUAAGUUGAUAGUAACAAUGUAUUCAAGAUUGAAAACAAGUGCGCAUAAUAAAAAUAAACAGGAAGUUUCUGAUGUUAUUGGGACAAGUAAUCAUAAAGUUAUACUAAAAUUGUUAAUAUUAGUGGUUUUGAUGCUUACUGGCAUUAAUACAGUGUUAAUAACACAAAAAUAUCUCUAUUCUGAUUAUCAUGUUGUUGCAUUGGAGCAAAGUCAACCAUUAUUUCAUACAGUAUCUAACAAGUUUCUAUCAUUUGGAUUGGAUUCUUCUCUUUUGAGAAAUAUGAAUAAGUUGCCAAUUAAUCAAGAAAAAUUUGUAAAUCUUGCUCGUCACCUUAGUCCAGCUUAUGUUAGAGUUGGAGGCACCGCUGCAGACUAUCUCUAUUUUGUUAAAAUCAGUUCCAUAACAGAAACAACAACUGAAAAAUCAAAUUUAUCAAAAAACAAAUGUGUAGAUGGACAGGAUAUAACUUAUUUUACAUUAGCAAGUGAUGACUUUCUUUCACUGUACAAAUUCACACAGAAAGCUCGGAUAAGAAUGGUAUUUGAUUUGAAUACUUUAUUGAGGAAUGAAGAUGGUACUUGGAACAGUGACAAUGCUAGAGAAAUUAUACUUUUUGCCAAAGGUCAUGGAAUGGAACUUGAUUGGCAAAUGGGAAAUGAACCGAAUUCAUUUUUUCAUGUAUUCAAUAUCACGGUUUCAGCAGAACAACUUGCUCAAGAUUACUGUGAACUACGAAGUAUGCUCAAUAAUUUGGGUUAUAAAGACAGCAUUCUAGUUGGCCCUGAAGCAAAUCACAUGGGAGAUGAUCAGCAUCCUGGACAAGUCUAUCUCAAGAACUUUUUGGAGAAUGUUAAAGAUUGCAUUGAUUAUGCCACUUGGCAUCAAUAUUAUCUCAAUGGUCACGUAGCUAAAGUAAAAGAUUUUAUAGAUCCAAAAGUAUUUGAACGCUUGCCUGUUCAAAUUAAGACUGUGUCAGAAUCAAUAAAGUCAAGUAGUCAAGAUCUAUCUAUGUGGAUCUCAGAAACAAGUUCUGCAUUUGGUGGAGGUGCUCCAGAGUUAUCUGAUCGAUUUGUGGCAGGAUUUUUAUGGCUUGACAAAUUGGGCAUCAGUGCUAAAAUGGGUGUUCAAACUGUAAUAAGACAAUCCUUUUAUGGUGGCUAUUAUGCAAUGAUUGGACCAGAUCUUGAACCUAAUCCUGAUUGGUGGGUAGCAGUGUUGUAUAAAAAAUUUGUUUCAGAAAAGGUGCUGGAAUUGAAAAUGCCAAACAGUAGAGAUGAUUUACGUUUGUAUGCACAUUGUGGUGCAAAAUCGAACUCUGCAAAGAGCUUAUCUACUGCUACUAUUUAUGGAGUGAACUUGAGUAAAAUGCAAACAAAAAUUUACUUAUCACAUCUCUCACAGGGAGCAAAAAUUUUAUCUUAUAUUCUCACAUCAGAUGAGUUACAAUCAAGAAACAUUUAUUUGAACAAUCAAAUUUUAAAAUUACAAGAUGAUGGAAAAUUACCAAAAUUUAAACCAAAAGAAAUAAAUGAAAAUGAACCAAUCAUCUUGCCCCCCUAUUCAAUGAUAUUUAUAGUAAUAAAGAAUGCUAAAAUUUCAGCAUGUUUAUAAAUAAUGUAUUGAUCUGAGAUAAUGCUGCGAUAACAUUUCGUUAUUUUUUUACAAAUUGUAAUGCAUACUUUUAUAACUAUAACAACGAAUAUAAAUAUUUGAUAGCAUCUUCAAAAAAUAUAAUAUCCGUGUUAAAAUUUGUAUACCAAACAUAAUUUUUCCAAUAAAAUUUUAUAUUAAAAUUCAAAUACUUAUAAAACAUCUCUUGAAAAUUUUUCGCCAAUUUUAAUGAAAAAAAAAAAAAUUAAAUAUUUAUGUACCACAAAUUAAGGCAGAGUAUGGGCUGAAAGGCUUGAAAGGUGAAUAUUCGAAAAGCCCGCGCUUCGGCACACGCAGUGCCAUAUCUGCAAGGAAUGUCACUACUCCAAAAAAUAAAAUUUCUCAUCAGCUGUUCACUCUUCUAUCCGCCGAUGUUUACAAUAUACCCACGAGCAUCUCGUCCAUGAGGCGUUCGCUCAUCGUCCAUUCGUCAAAUGAAAUGUUGAUAAAGCCACAGCUCGAGGGAGUAACCACAGCUGUGCGAUGAUAAUUUAGCCAGUGUCUAUACCCGCAAUCACGCCAUGCAGUCAUUGAGACGAAUGUAAUGUAACGAGCUUACGAAGCAAUAAAAAGAGAAAACCUAGAAAUGAGUAUUUUGAAGAGGAAGAUUCAGGAGUUCGAGGACAUGUUGUCGGCGAGUGAAGUGGACGCGUAUCAACUUCGCCGGCUAUGUUUCAACGGUAUCCCGGACGAGGGCAGCCUCAGGCCGCUAUGCUGGAAGCUGCUGCUCAACUAUAUACCUUACACCAGGGAAAAGUGGGAUGAGACUCUAGCCAGGAAGAGAGAGCUUUACAAGUCCUUCAUCGAUGAUCUCAUUGUCAUUCCUGGAGAGUCAAAUCUGGAGACUGGCAGAGUGGAUGUGACCACUGAUGAUCAUCCAUUGAAUCUUGAUCCGGACACAGGGCAGUGAGUAUCCUUGCGAAGCCAUUGUGCACAGCAAUGGUCAGAAGAGACUGCACCAGAGAGUUCACCACACUGUGUUAAAGAGUGCCAGUGUGGAGAGGAAGGGUCUGGGAGUGACUAAGAUCGCUGUUUCCGCAAGAAAGGCUGCAGAGGAUUAUGCACCACUCGAGGGUGGCGAGGCCCACUGGGAAGUGUUAGAAAGGAUCUUGUUUCUUUAUGCUAAGUUGAAUCCCGGCCAGGGAUAUGUUCAGGGUAUGAAUGAGAUUGUUGGACCUAUUUACUAUGCCUUUGCUUGCGAUCCUGACCAGAAGUGGCGGGAGCAUGCAGAAGCUGACACUUUCUUUUGCUUCACAAAUCUCAUGGCAGAGAUCAGAGAUUUUUUCAUCAAGUCCCUGGAUGAAGCCGAGUUUGGGAUCAAUGCCAUGAUGAGCAAACUCAUGCAGGAGGUAAAGUCAAGCUGUUAUGAGAUUUGGAUGCGACUCAAUCAGCAGGAGCUGUGUCCGCAAUAUUACAGUUUUCGAUGGUUGACUCUGCUGUUGUCCCAGGAGUUUCCUCUUCCCGAUGUUAUGAGGAUAUGGGACUCUCUGUUUUCUGAUGAAAAUCGCUUUGACUUCUUGAUUCACAUUUGCUGUGCAAUGAUUCUCCUCUGUAAGGAUCAAAUACUUAGUGGUGACUUUGCAGCCAAUGUUAAAUUGCUACAGAACUUUCCGUCUACCGAUGUACAGAUUGUAUUGACUAAAGCAGCUGAGUUAGCGGAUAGAUCUUCACUUUAGUGUAAAGCUAUACACUCAAAAGACUUGAAUGAGAUGAAUUUUUAUUAAGAGCAAAUACAUGCAUUUUUGUAACUUGUAUAUUUUGAAAUAAGUAAAUGCUCAGAAAUUUAUAUGUUAAUAAAAAACACUUCUUCCCAAAA